GUUACGUGUUCCGGAAGUGCAGGUGCACCGUUACGAAACAGUUCCACCUCCGGCGUAUUUGCCCGACUUUCUAAGUGUAUUUGACGGAUUUGUGUGUGUCGCAUUGUAAGGUUUCCAUUCGGCGUUGAUGUAAGAGACAGCAGUGAAGAGAAAAAUGACUUUAAACCAGAAUCACUCCGAGGGAGGAGGAGUCAUCAUCAACAACAGUGAGAGUGUCUUGAUAUCCUAUGAGAAUGUAGAGCUGGCGUUCACUGAUGCAGACCAUCUACCAGAUCUGUUUAGAAAGAGCAGGAAGGGGACAAUCUAUCUCACACCGUACAGGGUGAUUUUUGUGACGAAGGGGAAAGAAGCUUUGCAGUCAUUCAUGAUGCCGUUCUACUUGAUGAAGGGCUGUGAGAUAAAACAACCUGUGUUUGGAGCCAAUUGUGUUAAGGGCACUGUCAGUGCUGAACCAGGAGGUGGUUGGGAGGGAUCCACAACGUUCAAGCUGAUCUUUCUCGCAGGUGGAGCUAUUGAGUUUGGAAAGUACAUGUUGCAGGUGGCUGGUCAGGCCUUCAGAGGACUGCCUGUGAGCCCUAAUCUUGCCUGUCCAUACAUGGCUAAUGGUGCAUAUGCGUGCCCACCUCCCCCUCCACCCAACGGCAUCUACUCCACUGGAGCACCUCCUCCUGGCUAUUCAUACCCUGCUCCUCCACCUCCAGGUGCACCCUAUCCAAAUCCUCUGGGUUUUGACGGAGCCGCGGCCUACAUGCCUCCUCCACCGUACUCUGCUUCACUGGCCCAAGCCCCUCUGGACCCUGGUCUACCGCGAACACCUGCAGCGGAAGCCAAAGCAGCAGAAGCAGCCGCCAGUGCAAGCACUGCUACAGUUGCUCCUACUCACGUUUACCUGCCAGAGGACAAGCCACCACCUUACUCACCUCCUGAAGACAAGAAGAAUCAGUAAAUGCAACACCAGCAAAACCUAAAGUCAGCCCUUAAACUCCUUUUAAAUGCCGCUCUCUUUUUCUUACACACAUAACACAUACACACCUUGUAAUCAGUUAAUUUUAUUAACUUUAUUACCCAUACUAGAAGUCUAUUCCAAAGAGCAGUAAACUAUUGAAGUUAUGAAGAAAGAGUGGAAAUGCAAAUAAUGUUAGGUGAGCGGGAAGGAGUUGAAGUUCUAGGGCUUAUCAGGAUGACAGCAAUUUUCCUAAUGUUAUAUUUUUGCCUUUGUAAAGCUUUGACUGUUUAUUGGAUUAGAUUUGGGAGUUUCUGGAGCUGGCGUAGUUGGCCAUGUUUCAUAAGAUAGAGGGCCAGCACGAUCUGACUGACCGCGUGAUGAGAAAUACUAAUCAUUCCUCUAUAGUCAUUCAGGCACUAUACUUCCUAGACAUCCUCCCUCCAUGUCUUGAAUGUGUUUAACCUGAAGGCACCUUAGUAUACCUGUGGAUCUGCUGUCCCUGUGCGAUUCUCUGGAGCAUGACCUAAGUUAACACUGCACUUUACCUUUGUUGUUGUGUGUCUGUACAGACUGCUCUGAACAAAAUCUUAUCCGCAAAUACUUCUUGCUGUUAAACAGGUCUUAAUUUAUUUGGAUUAUAAAAUGUGUAACCAUCCAAGCAUGCUCUCAGCUGUAAUGUCUAACAAAAUGGGUGUAUUUUAUUAAAUUAAACAUGUACCAGUUUAAAGGUCUGGUUUAUGGGCUUGUCUUUUUUUUUUUUUUU